AUGGCUGCUGCUGGAAGUUAUUUGUUUUUUUUGUGGCUGCUGUCGAUCCUCCUAGUGGCAGCAAAAGAUCAGCCCUUUGUCUUUCAGAACGGAAAUAUGAAGUUCAUCGUGGAGUCUCUGAAGACGAGUUGUGAUCACGACUAUGUGGAGUAUUUCGAGAAGGUGCCCAACUCCGAAAUGCUCUACACCUUUCGAGUGGUCAAGUUAGCCUCAGCAUUCACCAUUGAUGUAGUGGCGAAGGUUAUGAAAACCCAGAGAAUAAUGUACAAAUUGGUGAACAUCAGUGGCUGUGAGUUUCUGGGCAAUCCCAUUCUGUACAAGGUAUUCGAUACGGCCUACAAGAAGCUGGUGGUCAAUGGCAGUUUCUUCAAGUGCCCCAUCAAGCCGAAUGUAUACUUUUUGAAGAACGACGAAGCAUUAUCACUAUUUCCCAGUUUUCAUCCACCUGGCCGCUUUCAGCUCUCCAUGCGAGUGAAAAUGAGGGAAAGUCGAGGCCCCUUCGUCAUGGAAAUGCUAUGGAAGUACAAAAUUGUGCGCCUCUAA